GUUAUUUUAAUUAUAUUUAAUAUUUAUAUAGUAUUUGUUUUAAUUUUAUUUACAUAUAAUUUGUGCGAAUAAUUGAUAUGAGAUUUUGAAUACAAAAAUAGUAUUAAAUUUAGAAAUUAAUCGAAAAAUUUAAAUUUUGAUAACAAACUAAUGGAUUGUAUUCGCGAUGAAUGGUAUGAAGGGAUGACUGAUGUGUGCCCACAACGCCUCGCCUCCCAGUGAUGUCCAUCCAAGACAUCUCACAAUUGGAUCGACAGUAAAAUGGCUUCAAUUGGAUGCGAAUCAGUCCAUAAUAACGAGAUUAAGACACAGUUUGUCACUCGAGAGGGAUAUUACAAACUCAUGACUUCAGCCGAGUAUUCGCGACCCAACCGUUUGGGUUAUACCACACAAACCAACACUACGGCUGUCAAAGUGUCGUUCAUCACCACAAUCAACACCAACCACAACAACACCACCACCACUGACCCCAACCCUACCAACCAAUCGGUCCAAUCGACCAACACUUCGCCCAACACUUCCACAACUGAUCGCAUUUGCUUUAAUGUCGGCCGAGAACUAUAUGUCUACACCUAUAAAGGCGUUAAAAAAGCCGCCGAUUUGUCAAAACCAGUGGACAAAAGGGUAUAUAAGGGAACGUAUCCGACGUGUCAUGAUUUCAACGCAUCCAACAUUACCACCGAUUGUGUGUAUUUAUUGGUUGGUUUCAGUGCCGGACAAAUACAACUCAUUGAUCCGAUUAAGAAAGAAAUCUCCAAACUAUAUAAUGAAGAAAGAUUAAUCGACAAAUCAAAGGUUACUUGUCUUAAAUGGUUACCAAAUUCGGCCAACUUUUUCAUCGUUUCGCACAGCAGUGGACAGAUGUAUGUGUAUAAGGAAGACCUGCCGUGCGGUACAACACCUCCACAUUACCAGCUCUUCAAACAGGGCGACGGCUUCUCUGUGUUCACCUGUAAAACAAAGAGCACUAGAAAUCCGAUAUUCCGGUGGAUUAUAGGCGAGGGAUCUCUCAAUGAGUUUGCAUUCAGUCCGUGUAGUAAAUACUUAGCGACCGUAAGUCAGGACGGAUUCCUUCGGGUGUUUAACUACGACACUAUGGAACUGAUCGGUCGGAUGAGGAGUUAUUUCGGGGGACUGUUGUGUGUUUGUUGGAGUCCUGACAACAAGUUUGUGGUGACGGGCGGUGAAGACGACUUAGUGACCGUCUGGUCCUUCGGCGAGAAGCGAGUGGUGGCCAGAGGUCAGGGCCACAAGUCGUGGGUCAGUGUCGUCACGUUUGAUCCCUUCACCACCAGUUAUAGCGAGAACUUUGAUUUAAGCGGUAGUGAAGAGGACGUGACUCAACAGCCGAGCGGUGCCCUCAACGCCAACACUGAGUCCAACCCCACCACCAACUCAUACAAUGCCAUAAACACAGGUGUGAACAGCAGGUCUGCGAGCACUUCCAGGUCGACCUCUGGCAGCUUAAAUCGAUUGAAUACUCGAUCGACUCAUUCCCAGAACAUCACGUCCUAUAGGUUGGGAAGUGUAGGACAGGACACACACAUCUGUUUGUGGGACUUAAGUGAUGAUGUGCUCAAACAGCCGGUCGGUCGCUCGCGAACUAGUAUUUUGUUGCACUCGCCGUCAACACCCCUGUCCUCGAUGUCCGGCGCCAACGCAUACCUCUCUCCUAAAGGCAAUAAUAACGUCCAAACGGCUAACUCUGUGCCCAAAGAAAACAAUGUGAGCGACGCUAACAUACUCUCUGUUAAUCAUGUCAUCAAAACCACAUCCAGUGAUAAGAAAGAACACAAACGAAACUUCAGUUUAGGUUCACGUAAUAGUGAGAAGAAUAGUAUCAACAAAACGAGUCACACGAGUAAACUCAUUGAUGACCCGAACCGGCUGUUGGGGACAGCGAUCUGCCCCCGACUCGAUGAGGUGCCACUCCUGGAACCACUCAUUUGCAAAAAGAUAGCUCAUGAAAGGCUCACAUCUCUCGUCUUCAGGGAUGACUGCUUUGUCACCGCCUGUCAGGAGGGCUAUGUCUGCACGUGGGCUCGACCGGGCAAAUGGGGUAAUAUGCAAUUGAUAUCGAGUCCGAGUCCCAGCAUUGGUGCCGAAGUGAACGAAAUGCUAGACGACGGGAGCAGUACUGUUGUCUAACUCAGAGUCAACUAAUAAUUAUUAGUCAAUGCAUUCUAUAAUUCCAAAUAAUUUAUGAAUUUUUAAUAAAUUUUAUGUUAAUUUCGUGAAUAA